AUGGCAAAAGCACGGGUCAUUCGCGUCACCAACCCAGACGGCUCCUGCUCGCUCGUCGCCAAUCGCAAGCUGCUACCCGGGAGCGUGCUCCCAUGGCCGACCAUCUCGCUUCACUGGCAACGCAUCAUGGCCUGCCGGAGCGGCUGCGUGAAAUCCAAGACGGAAGACGAGAACGGCAGGCCUUGGCCUCCUGUCCGCUAUUUACGGGAUCGUGAUACCACCCGCAGUGGUGUCGCUCCAGUAAACGGCGCCGAACUAUCACCAUCUGCAGGCGAAUCGGGCACCAUCCACAGAUUCCGACUCUCCGACCUUCCCACCGAGAUCCAGCUUGAGAUCUUCCGCCUGGCUAUUUCCGCUUCUGAAUCACAUACUCUCGAUGGGGUCUUCUACUGGGGAGAGCCCGAGAUGGAACAGGCUGCCUCCAAGCCUAGCUUGGUCUUUUGGGAGUGUCGCACCUGGCGCGACAUACCCUACUUCCAGCUCUGCCGGGCCUCUCGCGAAGAAGCAAUCCUAGCGUACGGCAACCCCGCCACAGAAUUGAUCCCCUUUAAUCCUCACGUUGAUCAUGUUCGGCUGCAUGCGGUUGAGCAAUUUGGAUGGCAGGGUUCAUGCAGAGCUCUGGAACACAAACACCGUCUCUCCUCUGUGGCCAGCAGCACGGAUCAGGUGUGGGUGUAUCCUCGCACGGCGAGAACCUCCAACGGGAGAAACGAUCCAAGACCCGAACCAUGCAUCCUACCGAACUCAUGUGGUCGCUGCCCUCCCCGAUCAAUGACUGGAAAGCAAGGUCGACCAUCUUUCCUCACACAUCUCGCCCAUCUCGAUGUGAAGAUAUCCCCGGUCUACGCCCCCGGCCUGCGCAGGGAAACCUUCUGGCGCUUCGUCGCACACCUGUGCCCUGAACUCGAAGUCCUGAGACUACUCACCGCGUCCACCGACCGCUGCGACCAGGACCCCAACUUCGUAGCGGAGCAGGAGGAUGAUUUAGGGGAGGACUGGUGGCAGCUGGAGGACCUGAUUCCCCUGCGGAGCCUGCUCAGGAGCAUGAGAGACCCCGGAGGCGGUGACGCGGUAGAUAUUUUCUCCUCCGUCAGGACCUUCGAGCUCUGCCUGAUGGACUCGAUCUGUCGGCGGGACAUGACGCACUGGGCUGAGAUGCAGGAGGGCGCGAUAGGCGGGAAGGUUACCUCUCGCUCGGAGUACUUCGACGGGCCCUGCAUGUCUCCUGUGAUUCUACGAGAGGUUGGCAAUAAUGACCUGCAGUGA